GUACGCGGACGGCGAGCCCCACUGCGGCGGCCCGCCCGCCCUGAGGCUCCAGGAGCUGGAGCGCGAGCGGCUGCGGCACUGGCGGGCCGCGGAGGCGCUGCAGGAGCAGCUGGGCCGGUGCCAGCAGGAGCUGGGCCAGAGCCGGCGGCGCGCCGAGGAGCUGGCGGGCGUGGCGGCGGACCUGGAGUCCCAGGUGCAGGCCGAGCGCGAGGCGCGGGUGGUGGCCGGCGCGGCCGCCGCCGCCGAGCGGGACGCCGAGGCGCUGGCGGACCGAGCGGCCAGACAGCGCGAGGCCGAUGACCUUCGGGCGGCGAACGCCGCCGAGGUCGCAGCUGCGCAGGCCGGUGCGGCGCGGGUGCGCGUGCAGCUGGCUGCGGCAGAGGACGCCGCCGCCGCCAGCGGCGCUGAGGCCGCUGAGGUGUGCCAGAUGGCCCGGGAAACCAGCGCACAGCUCGCGGUCUGCAAGGGCGAGUGCCUCGCCUGGCAAGCUAGCGCGCGCCGGCACGAGGCCCGCGCCGAGCACGCGGCGGAGCUGCAGCUGCAGUUGCGGUCCUUGCAGGCAGAGAGGGCAGCCCGCGACGAGGAGGCGCGGGACCUGCGCGUGCAGCUGCAGUCUUUGCAGAUGGUGGCCGCAGCCGUCAGGGUGCCGGACGGCAGCACCACUGAGACUGGUCCUGGGGGGGGCGCCGGCAUUGCUUCCGACGUCACAUCUUGGGGGCCGUUCGCCGAGGCGCUGGCAGACCGUGCGGCCAUGCAGCGCGAGGCCGAUGCCUUCUUCGAGGCGAACCGCGCCGAGGUCGCAGCUGCACAGGCCGAUGCGGCGCGGGUCCGCGAGCAGUUGGCUGCGGCUGAGGACGCCGCCGCCGCCAGCGCUGCUGAGGCCUCCGAGAUCUGCCAGAUGGCCCAGGAGGCCAGCGCACAGCAGCGCCGUCAGCUCGCGGCAUGCGAGGACGAGUGCCACGCCUGGCAAGCCAGCGCGCGCCUGCACCACGCCCGCGCCGAGCAGACGACGGAGCUGCAAGUGCAGCUGCGGUCCCUGCAGGCGGAGAGGGCAGCCCACGACGAGGAGGCGCGGGACCUGCGUUUGCAGCUACAGUCUUUGCAGAUGGAGGCCGCAGCCGCCUGUGCGCUGGACGGCGGCACCGCCGAGCCCGGUCCACCUUGCGAGGGCGCCUCGUGGAGUGCCGUGGGCGUACGGGGUCGCGCCGGCUCGGUUGGCAGCGCGCGGCAGCGCGUGCUGAGCCCCGACGAGCUCCUCGCCUCUCCAGGCGCGCCCCUCUACAGGCGGCCGCCAGGCAGCGCCUCAAAGGCGGAGUGGCCUGAGCGGGACGCAGAGGCGCUGACAGACCGUGCGGCCAUGCAGCGCGAGGCCGAUGCCCUCUUCGAGGCGAACAGCGCCGAGGUCGCAGCUGCACAGGCCGAUGCGGCGCGGUUCCGCGAGCAGUUGGCUGCGGCUGAGGACGCCGCCGCCGCCAGCGUUGCUGAGGCCUCCGAGAUCUGCCAGAUGGCCCAGGAGGCCAGCGCACAGCAGCGCCGUCAGCUCGCGGCAUGCGAGGACGAGUGCCACGCCUGGCAAGCCAGCGCGCGCCUGCACCAGGCCCGCGCCGAGCAGACGAUGGAGCUGCACAUGCAGCUGCGGUCUCUGGAGCGGGUCCAGGCGGAGGCGCGGAUGCGGCGGCUGCCCGCGGGGGUGCGCCUGGCGCGGUCUUGGGCGCGGCGCGAGGAGCGCAUGAUCCUCGCGAUGUGGCACGUCGUUAGCAAGCACCGCCGGUGUGUGCAGUCGGUGGCCCUCCGCCAAGGCCACUCUCUGCGGCUCGGCAUUGUGGCCCUCCGUGUGCUCUGGGCGUGGGCCCGCUCGGUGCGCCGCCCACGCAUAGUGCGCACGAGCCGGUGGGGCAUCCGCGAGCACUGGCGCGCCACCCGCCAGCUCAUCGACGCCCUCCGGCGCCUCCUCGCGGCCUGGCGCGCGGCCUCCGCCGCCGCGCGCCAGCUGGGGCGGCUGCGAUGGGUGGCCCCCGCCGACCUCGCGGAGGGCCACCGCCGAGCGCUGGUCCCCGAGCCCGUGCCGCCGUGGCCGCCGCCGGUCAUCCGCGCCGUGCCGCUGGGCGCCGCGCCGCCGCCCGCCGCGCAGGGCGCGCAGGCCUGCGGGCGGCCGCCGGUGCUGCGCGCCGUGCCCGCGGGCGCCGAGGCGCCCUCGGGCAGGCAGGGGGGAGGCGAGGCCUGCGGGUGGCCGCCCUCGGGCAGGCAGGGGCCGCCGGGCGGGCCUGGCGACCAG